AUGGGUGACAUCCUGCUCACUAUUGCCGAUAAUUGGAGCCCUGCGGAAGUAUUUGAAGUCUAUGUUGAUCAUGGUCAGCUACUCGGAAAGACUCACGGGCCUUUGACUUGCCCGGAGAACGAAAUGUCUAAUAGGGAACACUUGCUUGGCUUGAAGAAACUCGCAGUCGGAAUUGAUGCUCCAUCGCCUUAUGUGAGUAUCUCUCACGGAGGAUUCUGGGGAACUUUCAGGAUUCCGGCCGGAACCAACGUUAUCACUGUGAGAUUAGCUGACGCGAUUGAGUUGGAUUGGGGCUGGUGGUACGCAUUUUUUGCACAUCGGCUUGAUGAACCAUGCUCAAGUUAA